AUGGCUUGUUCGGGCGAGUGCGAAGGUUCUGAGGUGGAACUUAACUUGAAACAUUCUUUCAAGGUUUUGAAAGCGGAACCCGGCUUUGAAGAAGCCGGGACCGCUAUGGGGACGGAGACAAGGACGAAGAGAGAAACCCGGGUUUUUUACUGCAAAUUCUGCAGUAGAAAAUUCUCAAAUCUGCAGGCUUUGGGAGGACAUCAAAACGCCCAUAAACGAGAAAGAGACAUUGCCAAAAGAGAGAAAGCCGUCGCCGCUGCCGCCGCCGCAAUGAGCUUCAGAACCACCACCGCCGCCGCCGCCGCCGCAACUACUACGGGCGCGUUCGAUUCCAUUGGAUCUUUUUACCAUCCGUAUUAUUCGGCAAUGGCGAUUCACGCUCUGCGAAACAAAGCCCUAGGGUUUCCGAUUCGGCCGCCGAUUCGUAAACCGACUCGGCCCCAAGCCGUCGCCCAUGGAUGCCGGUGGUGGCCUAGAGAACAAUACAUGGCGGCGGCGCAGCAGUUACAUUUUGGAGGUUUAUGGCAAGCCGCCAACAAUGGCGGAAGAGAGAAUUUGGCGACAACUGAAUUGGAAUCCAUAGCCAUGGCGAGUAGAAACGCCACUUCUUCUUCUUCACAGAUUUUUGGAGCCGAUCAGUACAAUAUCCACGGCCUUGAUUUGACCCUCAAACUUUAA